CACAUGGAUCCUUUGCGAUUCCAAGCGGCGCUUCGUGGGACCAACUGCGACGGGGCCGAAGAAGAAGAGGCGCAGCGGAAGAAGCGAGUAGAGUCGGUGGGAAUCUACUCCAAGCGGGGAUUAGAACGUCGCCGAGACGUUGAUUCGCGCCAGUCGUGGAGAUCUCGCAGAAGGUUCGAGCCAUGCGGCCGUGCCUCGUCGUCCUGAUCCUCCUCGCGAGCACGACACUCGCGAGGUACCACGAGAAGACGCGUUUCGACCGAUCUGUCCACGAGUACGAGACGAGAGACGCAGAAAAUAAUCAUGAAGAGAAACAAUGGUCUUUCACUGACGAUGUAACGCAAUUCGUCGCGUACAAGAGCAGAAAGGAGAACGAUUGUUAUCUUGAAGAUAUAAAGCAGGGUCAGAAUGUGUCACGUAAGAAGCGGCAAUUCAAGAUACUGUAUGCGUCGGCAGCUCUCACGAAGCUAGAGGCGUGGCGACUUGCUGGAGGUCGAAUCGUUGAUUUCUGCAACGGACGUAAUAUCCUUUUGUUACAAACAACGAAACAUGUGCCUGGACGUGCUCUUGAUCCUUUCUUCAACGAGAUUCCUGUAGAUGAAAACGAUAUUUUGCCAAAACGCAUAGUCGACAUCGUUUUAACACCCCUGAAAGCUCGGACGAAGCGACAGAUUCAACUUGAGCACAGAAAGAAGUCGACCAAAAGUGUCAAUCGAAUUCGACGACGUAGACAAACGAGCCAGUUUCGAGGGAAGUUUCGUGGACAGACGCAAUCUCAAUAUUUAAAUUUCGAUAGCAAUGAAAAAAAAGAGGGCACGGCUGAGGCCGAAGCUACUCAGCAGUCUUCGCGCGCAGUAGUUAGUGGUAGUCGUGGUAUGGGUCAAGCGCAAAGUAUGUCAUCAGGCGGCACUGGUUGCGAAGAUUGUCCUGGAUAUCCUGGAUAUCCUGGCAUCGAAGGGACACCAGAUAAGAUACAAGUUCCACCGGUAGCAACUGGAAUACCUGGCAUUACACAACCUGGAACAGGAGUCAUUCCUGGAGUUACACCUUUCCCCGGCGGACAAAUAACGUAUCCUGGAGGUGUUCGUCCUGGAACUGGAGGUGUUCGUCCUGGAACAUAUCCCGGCGUCCAGCCUGGAGUCCAACCGGGACAAGGUGUUUAUCCUCCUGGUGGUAUCGUAACUACUUCGGUAACAACAGGUGCCACUACUGUCACUGGUGUUGGAACUUACCCAGUUAGUAUACCUGGAACAGGCUUACCGAGUGGAACGUAUCCCGGGAUUCCUGGCACAGGAACUCAUCCUGGAACUGGAGUCUAUCCUGGUGGUGUCCGACCUGAUAUUCCAGGAACGAGUGCCGGGACAUAUCCUAGCAAUGUCGUCCCAGGAGGAACGACAACUCAAGGCGUUUAUCCUGGACAGCAGACUGUUGUAUUCCCUCCUCAAGGUCAACCAACGAAUGGUCAAGUGGUUUACCCAGAUGGUACUGUUCAACCUGGCACAAUUCCCGGAAGACCGGGCAGCGUACCAGGUACUCAAGUUACGUAUCCAAGUGUUACAUACCCUGGAGUUAUUCCAGGUACAUAUCCUGGCGGUGUGCAACAAAUUACUUCUCCCGGUGGUACCUUAUAUCCUGGUCAAGUGGUCUAUCCAAACGGCCAAGUGCCAACUUAUCCAGGUGGACAAUAUCCAGGCAUUGGUAUCGUUCAAUAUCCAAUAGGCACGACAGGAAGUCAAACAAUUGGAGGGACAGGUGUCACUGGACAGUAUCCUGGUCAACUUCCAGGUGGAAUCAGUGGCCCAGGAAUAGAUAGCGGUCAAUAUCCAGGACAGCUCUAUCCGGGAACGACAGGAGUUGGAACUACAGGUACCGGAGACGUUUCGCAAUACUAUCCGCAAACCGGCGGACCAGCUAGACCGGUGGGUCCAGGGGGUCCAAUAGGUGCAGCGGACGACGGCACCGAGUCGCAGGCGUCGAGUUCCGUACAACAGGUGGACUCGGGUACUCAAGCAAGCGCCUCUGCUCAGGGUAAAUACGGGUCGGGCACAGCUCAGUCACAGGUGACAGGCACCUACAGCGGUUCCGGUACUUUCUCGGCCCAGGCUGGCACCAGCGACGCCGAUAAAAGCGCUCAAGCCGAGGUCAAUGGCGGUAAAGAAGGAGCUACUGGCAAUGCGCAAGGCAUCGCUGGUUACGGAAAGAGUCAGACGCAGGUUCAAUUGGACUCCGACUCCGGAGCUACCUCGACAGGUGCUCAGAGCAGCGGCUGGAACCAUGGUACGAAUUCACAAGUGCAAGCAAGCUCCAAGGGUGGAAUGGCGGAUGCUCAGGCCAAUGGUGAAGGCAGCACUUCCAGUCAGGCGCAGAUCGGUUUCCAGCCGUACUUGAAGAGCGACGAUGAGAAGGUGGAGAAGCACACGACGCCGUUUCGCGGCAGCGGAACGGCGUCGGCCCAGAGCGGCACUCAUCGGGGUCAGUCGCAGACGCAGCUGCAAGGUUCCUUUCAAUACGGGAUCACGUACACCGGCGCAGCGCAGGCUGGUUCCGGAUCCGGUGCCGCAUCCUCGCGCAAGCCUUUCAACUUCACCGACACCGAACUCUUCAAGCCCUUCAUCAAACCGGCCCCUCCUCUGAAGCGACCGACGAAUGUUGACGCGAGUGCACAAUCGGGUCGGUCGGCGAGUUCGAAUUACGAUAACAGACAGGACGAAAACAAGCAGGAUCGCGAGCAAGGUUUGCAAAGCAGUUCGACCUCGAGGCAGACCGUCGUUCUGGCUUCCAAGAAUAAUCCGGACGACGCUGGCGACAAGAAGGUGCGAGCUACCGAAAAGCCGCGCACGGACGACUCGACGUACGACGAAUACGACGACGACUACGCGGACGAAGACGACUAUCCCACGGCAACGAAUUCGAGGUUGACAAUCAAGGAGAAGUUCGCGGGAAUUUUCCCGGGCCCGAGCGCGAGUCAUCAGAAGCCCGAUAGGACCUUUCAGCAGCAGAGCCGCGGUCAGUCACAGACGAUACAGGUUGCCAAAGGGAAUCAGUACAACGUCCACGUUAGCCAAGACUCGAACGCACCGCGGUCGGGUGACACCCUGCAACCGGGACAAACCGUGUCAGGAUACACCAUCCCGCCUGGAUUCCGCGGUCGAAUAAUGUCGACCUCCGGCACCGAGACCGUUGCUCAAGGCGACGGCAAGUCUCAAUCGCAGACCGUAUCUUUGGUAGCAAAGGACUCGAAUAACACCAGGUCGUCGCCCACGGAGACCAGGUCGCUUCAGACAAAUCACGGGCGUUAUAUCGGCCGGCAGACGUCGACGAGCCAUGGAUCUCCUGUUAAUCAAAACGUUUAUUCCGAUAAGUACACGAGGCCCACGCCGGCGAUCGCGGCGAAGCCGAGCUACUACACCGUGACCAACAGUUUCGCCGGCAAGAUGAACGGCAGCAACGAACCGCGCAAGUACGAGCAUCGAUAUUACACCAAGAGUUCCACCUGCGGAUACUUCACCUUCUCCUGUAACGUCGUGUACGGUUCCAACGGCAGGACGAAAAUCUGCAAGCCGAAAGUGCCGACGUAUCCCGAUGGCACGCCUAUGAGGUGUUGAAUCGUCAAAAUGUACACGGGAUGCAACGGCAAUUACUUCUGUAACGCAUCCUGCAUUAAGUCACUUUUCUCUUCGUUGUAUAGUACAGUAGAAUUUACGUGACUCGCUUAGGUCGUAGACUAGUUCGUAUUUGACUAAUUGCUUUCGCGCGCGUCGACAUCGUAACCCGCUCUGUCGUACAUUCGAGUGUCACAUUCCCUCUUUAGCAGCCUUCAACGGGUAAAAAUAAAUGUACAAGUAAAACGAAUACAACAGAGAACUUUCGUUCCUAUGGAUCAGCACAUAGAAGACUAUAAUCCUUCGGGUAAUCCACAGGAUUGAAAGUUGAAACGCCACAAAUAUCACGUGUGUACUUCAAUGCUAUAAUUUCUUUAUUGAGGUACCUUCCAAUUAUUGACUGUAUAGCAUGGUGAACAUGUUGUUACAUCAAUCGCUGCUAUUUAUUAAAUUUUGUCAAUAAAAUACAUUUUAACUA